CGCAACCCCGCGCUCCGCUGAGCUCGGCUCGGCUCGGCUCGGCUGGGUUCCGCCGACAGCCCGCUGCCGAGGCGCAGGGGCGGCGGUGGCAGCCGCCGCCGGGAGCGGGGCUGGGCUCGGCGCUGGCAGCGGCGCCCAGCUCACGCAGUCGCAGGGAAGAGGAGCAGCCGGGAGCGCCGGCGGGGCCGGGAGUCCGCCCGCCGCCGGGGGACGGCGCGGAGGAUCGGCACAUCCCUGCUCCGCCGGGGGAGGCUCCGCCAGCCCCCCCGCCCCCCGCCUUCCCUCCCUCCCUCCCUCCCUCCCUCCCUCCCUCCCCGCCCCUCCGGAGCGACAUCCCUGCGAGUUUGCUUCGCCGCCCGCGCCCGCCGCCGCACCUCCCUCGCCAUCAACUCCGGCGAGCCGCCGGCGGAGAGCAGGGACCGAAGUUGCGGCCAGCCCGGGGUGGAAAGUACCGGCGAGGCGGAAAGGGCCGGCGCCGAGCCCAGCGCAGCCCGGCCCAGCCGAGCGGGGCCGGCGCCGCUCGCCGCCACCCGCAGCCCCCCGGCCGGGGGCUGGCCCCGCGCCCCGGGCCGCGCUGGCCGGGGCACAGCGACGCGGACCCGCGGCCGCCCCGCUCCACCGGACCCGCUGCGAAAGAACCAACGUGCAAGGUGGAAGGAAACCCGAAACUGCUCUUCUAACAAAAAAGUGUUGGCUUUCUGCCCUUUCACAUGUUUUCCUUUUGCUUCGUAAUGGAAGGAGCAGGAUUGGCUGAAUCACAGAGGCAAAAUUUGGGCAUCAUCGGCUGAAGAUAAAGAUGAAAGAAGACUUGAAAAUACGUCGAUACUCUAUGACUAUUAAUUCAGACGCACCUUUCACAAACAGAGGGGAAUAGUGGUUAAAAGCACUGCAGUUUCAUCAAAAGGAGCUGAUGGAGGAUCUAUCUUGAUUUUUAAAAUUUUUUUUUUUCCCUUCCCACUCUCCCAUGAGUCCCAAAAGAGAACGAUGGAAAGAGUGCAUAUGGAAAUUUGAGAUAAGGGGAAGGCUGAAGACAAUAACUUCAGUGUUGGAGUCUGUUUUCCAAGUGCUGUAAAUUCCCUGUGUCAUCAAAAAUAACACAUUGUUUUGAAUAAAUUCUAUCAUUUUGUGAUCAGUGGAGUUUUUGUCAGCUCUAGAAGUGGAAUUUGACCUGACCUGAUUGAAAGCUUUUUAAAAAAGUAAAUAUAUGACUCCAACUCCUUUUUUUCAAGUCAAGUUUUUCAAGUUAUCAGAAGAUAGUGUUUCAGGCUCCUACUGUGCAUUAUCAACCUGUGUUUUGUAUGCAUACCUUAGAGAUUUUACUUUUUCCCAAAUUUUAGUAUUUAUGCUGUAGUGUUGUGUUUGAGAAAAAUGUGAAGAGGCAAGGCACCUAGGAUUUAAGUUUCUGAGAGCCUUGUUAUUUGAAUGUUGUAUCUCAGAUUACAAGUAAUCUGAGUAUCUGUUAGAACGCACAGUACACGCUAAGUCUUUUCUCCUAAAGUAUGCCUUAAGAUGUUAAUUUUUAUACUAACAGGAUCAAAGUUUGUUUUCUGAACGUGGUGUUUUGUUAGGAAAUGCCUGCCGGGGGAAGAGGAGCUGCCUAAUGGAUCAUGGCUCUGAUGUUCACGGGGCAUACUUUAUUUCUGGCAUUAAUGAUGUUUGCUGUCUUCACUUUUGAAGAAUCUGUAAGCAAUUACUCUGACUGGGUGACUUUCAUAGAAAAUGUAGAUCAAUAUGAAAAACAGCAACCUGAAGGUGUUAGUGCUGAGGAGAAGCUGAAAAAAACAGUUCUUCAUCCAAGCUUGUAUUUCGACGCUGGAGAUGUCCAGGCACUGAGGCAGAAGGCUCAUACAAGCCAUUCUCAUCUCUUCAGAGCCAUCAGAAGUGCGGUGACAGUUAUGCUAUCCAACCCAUUAUACUACCUACCUCCACCCAAGCAUGCUGAUUUUGCUGCAAAGUGGAAUGAGAUUUAUGGUAACAAUCUGCCACCUCUAGCAUUUUAUUGUUUGCUGUGCCCUGAAGAUAAAGCUGCGUUUGAUUUUGCCCUGGAAUAUAUGGAUAGAAUGGCUGGCUACAAAAACUGGUUGGUCGAGAAUGCACCUGGAGAUGAAGUGCCACUUGGUCACUCCCUAACAGGAUUUGCCACUGCUUUUGACUUCUUGUAUAAUUCACUGGAAAACGGGAGAAGGCAAAAAUACCUGGAGAAGAUAUGGUCUGUAAGCGAGGAAAUGUAUGAGUACUCAAAGGUUCGUGCCUGGGGAAAGCAGCUUCUCCAUAAUCACCAAGCAACCAAUAUGCUUGCUUUGCUUAUUGGGGCUUUGGUUGCAGGGGUGGACAAAGGAUCUCAGGCAAAUAUUUGGAAACACACUGUUGUUGAUGCGAUGGAGAAAACAAUGUUUCUGCUCAAUCAUAUUGUAGACGGGUCUCUGGAUGAGGGAGUAGCUUACGGGAGUUACACAGCCAAGUCAGUAACCCAGUAUGUUUUCCUGGCCCAGCGCCACUUUGGUAUUAACAACUUGGAGAACCACUGGCUCAAAAUGCACUUUUGGUUUUACUAUGCCACCCUUUUACCAGGCUUUCAGAGGACUGUGGGCAUAGCAGAUUCUAAUUACAACUGGUUUUAUGGUCCUGAGAGCCAACUGGUUUUCUUGGAUAAGUUUGUCAUGAAGAAUGGAGCUGGCAACUGGCUGGCACAGCAGAUUAGAAAACACAGACCCAAGGAUGGGCCAAUGGUGCCAUCGACUGCACAGAGGUGGAGCACACUGCACACUGAAUUUAUAUGGUAUGCUGCUGAAAUCACUCCUCGGCCGCCUCCUGACUAUGGGAGUGCAAAAAUGCAUGUGUUUCCUAACUGGGGAGUUGUUACUUAUGGGGCUGGAUUGCCAAACAGUCUGACAAACACCUUUGUGUCCUUUAAGUCUGGAAAACUCGGUGGACGUGCUGUCUACGACAUUGUUCACUUUCAACCGUAUGCCUGGAUCGAUGGGUGGAGAAGUUUCAAUCCGGGACAUGAACAUCCUGAUCAGAACUCCUUCACUUUUGCUCCCAAUGGACAGGUGUUUGUAUCUGAGGCUCUUUAUGGACCUAAACUCAGCCACCUGAACAAUGUCUUGGUCUUUGCUCCAUCUCCUACGAGCCAGUGCAACCAUCCUUGGGAGGGACAGCUUGGUGAGUGUGCCCAGUGGCUGAAGUGGAUGGGCGAUGAGGUUGGAGACUCAACUGGAGAAAUUAUAACAGCCUCCCAGGCAGGAGACAUGAUGUUUGUGAGUGGUGAGGCAGUAUCUGCUUACACAUCAGCAAUGAAAUUGAAAAGUGUGUAUCGUGUUUUGCUGCUCUUAAAUUCUCAGACAUUGUUAGUAGUAGACCAUAUUGAGAAGGAGGAAGACUCUCCUGUUAAUUCUGUCAGUGCCUUUUUUCAUAAUCUCGACAUUGAUUUUAAAUACAUACCCUAUAAAUUUAAGAACAAAUACAAUGGAGCUAUGAUGGAUGUGUGGGAUGCCCACUACAAAAUGUUUUGGUUUGAUCAUCAUGGGAGUAGUCCUGUUGCUAAGAUACAGGAGGCAGAACAAGCUGCUGAAUUCAAAAAGCGAUGGACUCAGUUUGUAAAUGUUACCUUUCCAAUGAAAAACACGCUUACAAGGAUUGUUUACCUUUUCUAUGGCCCAUAUGUCAAUGUUUCUAACUGCAGACUCACAGAUAAUGGAAAAUCUGGAUUUCAGAUUUCUCUUAGUGUGAACAACACUGAAAACACCAUCUCUGUUGUGACUGAAUAUCAGAAUUUAAAGACAAGGUUUGAUUACUUGGGAUUUGGUGGUUUUGCCAAAGUAGUUCAUGAGAACAAAGUGACAAAGUUUGGUCUAGGUACUGAAUCCGUGGAAAAACAGGUAAAAAACAAUAGGGUGGUUUUCCCAUUUGGAUUCAAAGUGAACAUAAUCGCAGGGUUAAUUUUGGGUGUUAGUUUGGUCAUACUGGCUUUUCAGUGGCGGUUUUACAUAUCCUUCAGUAAAAUGUUGCGUUGGAUCCUGAUACUCGUUGUCACACUGUGGCUUAUUGAAUUGGUGGAUGUGUGGAGCAUGUGUACUCAGCCCAUCUGUGCAAAAUGGAGCAGUGACAUGACAAGACUAGAACAUGAUAAAGGCAAUAAAGCCAAACAAUUAGAAGGAAAUCCUGUUGUUUUGCCAGAUGUUAUCAUUACUUCACUUCCUGCUUCUGGUGCAGAAAUUUUAAAACAGCUGUUUUUCAAUAGCAGUGACUUCUUAUACAUCAGGAUACCUACACCCUAUCUUGAAAUUCCUGCGACUGAAUUUGAAAUUGAUUCCUUUGUAGACCCAUGUGAAUGGAAGGUUUCUGAUGUCCAGAAUGGUCAUUUUCAUCUUAUCCAAGGUUGGCUCCAGUCUCUAGUUCAAGGCACAAAGUUACAUUUACAAAACAUUCCUUUAUAUGAAGCAAGCAGAAGUAAAAUUACUCAGCAUUCUGCUGUAGGCAAGGACAAAAAGAAAAGAUCCAAAAAGGGAGAAUCUUUGUCAGAGCAAAGAAGCAGGGCAAGAGGGAAUCAAGAUAAAGAUGCUGAAUAUAUAAGGGAACUGAGAAGACAUCUCCUCUAUUAUCCUAAUGCACGACCUGUGCUUAGUUUAAGUAGUGGGAGCUGGGCAUUAAAGCUUCCCUUCUUUCAGGAAAUUCUAGGACCGUCAAUGAGAGCAUUAUAUGUAGUAAGGGACCCACGGGCAUGGAUCUAUUCAAUGUUGUACAAAAAUAAGCCAAGCCUUUACUCCUUGAAAAAUGUUCCACAACACUUGGCUGCAAUGUUUAAGGGGGAGAACGGUAAAGGAAAAUGUAGUUUAAAUCAAGGCUAUGCCUUUGAAUAUGAAUCAUUAAGAAAAGAACUUUCAAAUUCUAAUUCAAAUGCUGUUUCUGUGUUGUCCUAUUUAUGGCUAACAAACACAGCAGCAGCACUGAGAAUAAAUGGGGACUUGCAGCCAACAAAUUAUCGGCUGGUCAGGUUUGAAGAUAUUGUGAGCUUUCCGCAGAAGACGGCUGAAACAAUUUUUGCCUUUCUUGGUAUUCCUCUUCCUCCUGCUAGCUUAAACCAAAUAUUAUUUGCCACCUCCACCAGUCUUUUCUAUCUUCCUUACGAAGGGGAAAUUUCACCAAGUAGCAUUCACGCCUGGAAACAAAACAUGCCCGCUGAAGAGAUUAGACAGAUUGAAGAUAUCUGUAAUUCUCUAAUGGACCACUUAGGAUACCCAAAGUUUAUAGAAUAAAUGCUGCCGGUCAGCAGAAAUUUGCACUAAUGAUCUCUGACUCCCAGUUUGUGGAUAAAUAUUGGAGAAGUUUGUUUAUUCUUGUAAAAUGUGUACAGUCUGCUACUUUCAAAGAGAUUAUUUUAAGAAAAAAGAUAGUUGUUCUUGCAAGUGUGAGUUUUUUGUUUGGUUUGGUUUAAAAAAAAAAAAAAGAUAAAAAAACCCUUGUAACUACUUUUGCUGCCUUUCAAACAAAAACUGUGUGAACCUUUAUAGAACUACCAGCUGGGUACUCUAUAGCUCAGGGGAUUAGUAACAGAAUAUGGAGCUUUUCACCUCCCGCUCACCAGUUUGGUUCCAGCCCAAGUGGUUAGUUCCCAAAAGUACUUACCAUAUGAUGAUUGUAUGACGGCCUGUAUGAAAAUUAAACUGGUUAAAUUGGCCCAGUUCCUAACGGUGAUAAUUAGCCCCUUUGGACAGGUUUACUGAUGCAUUCUGUCUGUCUCUCACUGGUCACUAUAGUAGUGCAAAAUAAACAUAAGCUGAGGUUUAAGGCUGUUCAGCAUCCAUUCAGUGGGAGGAAACAGAACAUUUUAGUGAAUCUAGUUCCUUAUUUACAGUCUCAGCAGACAGGCCCAGGACUGGAAUGGACAUGGAUAUCGAAUCUCAUCAUAGGAUAUAGUUCCUUCAGCUCAGAGAUGUGGCAUUUAUUUGGAUUUUGUGCUUUGAUGAAAAAAGAGGACUUAAUUCUCUGUGCCUGACAAUAUGGUACCCUUUGUGAGCCCAAAGUAAACUACAUGGAGAAAAAGAAAUUGGGCAAAAAUCUAAGAAACCAACAACAUCUUCAAAACAAACAGAAAAAUUUAGAGAAGAUUUUGUCUAGUUUUGACCUGCCUCAAUGUAACUUAAUUUUGAAGGUUGUUCACAUCUUGGCUCCUUGCACUGCUUUAUCCUGUACCUCUUGUCUAAGAGGUUCUGCAAGGAUUUUUUCCAUUUCAAUGAGACUCUUCUAUCCUUGUAACACAUUUCUCUGCUGAUUCUUGUGCAUAAUUUCACUGAAACCAAUGCAAAUAUUUGGUGUCAUUGUCGAUGGCUUAUUGUUGAUGUCUACAUAAAAUGGCAAUCUGAGAUUUAGAUCUUAAAUAAAUCUCCAGGUCUGUCUUGCUGAGGGAUGUUUUGCUUUUCUGUAUAAUGAAUUUCUGAAGGACUACCAUUGCUAACCUCAGGUCGUCUUUCUGAGCGGGGAGAAAUCUGAAAAUCACCUGUCCCUCAGCCACCUCACAUUUCAGUGAUCCUUCCCUGCAGUAAACUAUUUCCAAAGUUGUCUGAUUUUUAUCAUGAUUGGUGUUUCUUUAACAUGGUGCUGUAAUAUGAUAUUGGUUUGGAAACAGAUAGGCUUGAUAGGAUAGAUGUGUUUUUCUCACAGCUUAUUUUUUUCUCGAGUCACACUUUUUGUUGGCGCAUGCCCAUUAAGAAGAAAUUUCCCAUUUCCCAGUUUAACUUUCUCAGCAUUCUUUGGAAAUGCAUGCAUAUUGUAAAUGUCUGCAGAUGUGUAAAUCAGAUCACAAAGAGACAUCUGUUUCCUUUACCAUCUGUUUUUUAUGACAGAUGGAAUUGUCUUGAAAUACACUUCAGUUGGCUUGUGGGAGCUGGGAUCAGUUUUGGCUUAUUAUAUUGAAAUAUGUGUGUAAUUACUGUUUAUUUGGGUGCAUUAGUAUUAGACAAUGUCAAAAGUGCAGUGAGUUUCUUCAUACAGAUUAUAGAUACCCUUGCUGAUUCUUAAUAUAAAGGAGUUCCUGCCUUUCCUUCCAAUCUUACUAUUAUGUCCCUGUCUUACCCCACUGUUUUGUCCAUCCUAUAUGUACAUUUCAUGUCCUUUGGAGCACAUUGUGAUAUCUCAUUAUGACCUAGAUAAAAGUAGCUCCUUCUCGGCCAGUCAUUAGUAUGUCAAAAUAAGCCUCUAGCACAAUAAAGCUAUUGAUAUUUUGCGGUCUCACUAGCCAUAACUUAGCUGUCAUUUACUAGCAGCAGUUGUUUUCUCCCCCUUCAGUCCUAGGUCUCACCCCUGGCUAGGUGGAAUGUCAUAUUGAAGGAAAUAUUAAACAAAUUAAUAUACACUGGCAUGUUAGGGAAACUUUGGUUUCCAAACAUCGUUCUCUCAAAUUGGCUUCUCUCUGAAGCCAUUUUUGAUUGUAUGUUAAAAAAAGAUAUGUAUUGAUGUUUGUACAGUCUGUGUUUGACAGAAUAAGUUUCAGCAUUUGCCUUCUAUUUCCAGGAUUUACACUCUAGAAUCAGAACAAAUAAAAAGGCUUUUCUCUGUCAGAUGUUUUAGGGCAGCUGAAGGUAAGAAUUAAGACUGACUGUGUAUUUGUGGAAGUAGAAAGGGACCUUUAAAUCCCUUCCUCAAAGUGCUAUAUGGAAUGCCACAAUAGCCUAUAAACUGACUUUUUGUUUUUGAGGAGUUAAGAUGGACAAAAUUGUCUGUCAGGAGCAUCAUCUGUGCUGCUUUUGGAAUAUGAGUUAUCCUAUACACUUACAUUCAUAACAGUGUUGUGGCUGUCAUUAAUUAUACGCAAAAUUUAGGAGCCAUUUCUUUUCUGUACUGUCCUUUCCAGGUUCCAAGAAUGCAUAAUCUAUUAUUCAGAAUUUGUUACACUGUCUGUUCCUUAGACAGGUGUAGAAAGGUAGAGGAGAACUCUGUCCUUUAUUUUUAGAUUUUUGUUGUGAGGGCAAAUGCGUUAAAAUAAUGAUGCUAAAAAUAUGUAAAAGGAAAAGCAGUGUCUUUGACAGUAACAGGGUAGGAAUGCCUAGGGUAUGGCAAGUCUCCAAUUUUCAAUCAAAUAAUUGUUUUGAUGAGUUUUAGAUGGUAAGUUUCAUGACCACUUCCCCAAAGUUAGUACCAGACAGGAGGUAUCCCAGCUGUGGAGCUGAAUGACUUCGUGUUGAGAUUGUGGCCUUCUGGAUAGCAACCCAAAACACAGCAGAAAUCUGAAUAAACAUGCAUAUGGCUGACGAGAAUGCACACUAAAAGAUGCAGGUCUGGGACUUUGUGGAAUAAAUUUCAGUGGCACCAUCCAUAAAAUGACAGUUGUGCUAUGGAGAAGCAGGAAUAUUGUGGGGGCCUGGUGAUAAAAAAAAAAUAAAAAUAAACUUGCCUUUGUCUAUUAAAGGAUAAAUUCUGAUUUUAAGUCUGGGCUGAUCUUAAGUCCAAUGGGUCAUUAAAUAGAUCUUUCUUUUUCUUAUGAAAGUGUUCCCAUUGAGAGUAGUGUGGCUCCAUGUCUGAAGAAUACAAGUCCAAUUUUAUAAUAUGAAAUGAUUUUGUGCGUAUGCAGAGAUAUCCUCGAAAUUCUUUUCUGUCGCUAGCAUCCAGAGGAAAAAUAGUCACUACAUAGACACAGACAUUAACCUCCCCUUUCUCCAUAUACAAAUAUUUAAGACUGUCAGUAAAAUUUUAGAAUUGUUAGGCGUUUUUGAAAAGCAUGUCUGUUUAGGUACAUUGUAUUGAAGAGUGUUCUGGCACUUUCAGUUGCACUUUCAUAAAGAUGCUUAUGAAAACUAGUCUCAAUACCUCAUCUUAGCUUUGUUUCCUUUUUCUCCCUGUGUUAAAUGUUGGUAAUUAUUUGUACUAUAUUGUGGUUUGAACUAUCCAAUUAUGAGACAGCUAAGAUUUUGAAGUAUUUUAAACAGGCAGGCUUUAUUUAAAUGAUUACAUCUCUGAAUCAUAUUUGGAAGUCUAAGAAGGAUAAACACCAAGGAAAACAUUUCAGUUGUUUACUUACUUAGUAACUAAGUGACGUUGGCCCAGGGGAGAUGCACAUGGGUCUUGGCAUUCAGAGUUCUAUCAAAUCACAUGAAUCUAUAGUGUCUGAGCAUAUCUAAAUGCCUCUAUUGCUCCUAGUAGGCUUUUUCCAAGAGCAACGUCUGUGGAGAUGAGCCUUGGUAUCAUGUUCAGAUUGGUUCCUUUCACCCUCUUAGCAGGUAGCUGGCAUGCAGUCCUCAUCGGAUUUAUGUUUGAAGAGUUAACUUACCAGAUGCAGCGUUGAAUUUCUAUACAAGAUCCUCACUUAUGUGUAAAAUAUAUGGCACAAUUCAUUUGACAAUGAUAGGGUUAGAAUGCAAAUAAAACAAAAAACUGCACUUCAGGUUUUAUAAAGUUAUUGGUAACUGAUUUGUAGCGCUGCAGUUGUGGAUUAGAUUUCUUUUUUUUUUUUUUAACCUGUAAAAACAGUUUCACUUGCUGCUGAAACUUAAUGAUGUGACUGCUAGGUGACUCCUGGCUCUGACUGACAGUCAAUUAUUUCCAUUAUUAGUCUUGGAGACACUAUUUAUUUGAUGAAUAUGAACAUACUGGAAUAUAAUACUGCAUUUGCUGAAAAUAUUUGAAGUGCACAGUUCAAGAUUAAGGAUAAAAAUAUGUUACCUCAAUAUUUCUCUAAGUUACAAAAAUUAGCCCCUUUACGAGUGGCCCAUAUGUUGGACUCUGGUAUUUAUUUAGGUAACUUAGAAGUAAUUUAUCAAUAUUAUUUAUUUUUAAUUACAUAUAAAAUUAUUUUCUUCAAGAGGAUAAGUACUGGAUCUUAACAUUUCUACAAUUAGCGCAUUAUAAGCUUCCCUUCCUUUCUCUGGACGUUGUUUUAGCUUUGAUUCAGGCUAAAACCUUUGUUUCAAUCUCAUGAAUGGGCUGUUUUCUGAGUGAGGAGUCUGUCUGGAGACUCUUACAGUCUCAAAUUCCAUUUCAUUGCAUUUUAGUGUAGAAUAUAAUGGACUACGAGUCAUGGAUCAAAUUGCUAAAUUGUGAGCUGUUCAGAGUUGGGCCGUAAGUGGAAUGACGCCUUGCUGACCUCAGUGAAUGUUGUGCUGUUGACUUCAACAGGGCCAAAACACUACCAUCUACUGUUAUCAAACUGUUAUUAUCUACUUAGCCUGAAUGUUUCAAAACAGCAGAAAUUACAGGAAGUAAAUACCUCAAAUGGUAUGAAAGAUUCCUGUUCUUGUUAUAUGAUGAAAGAAGGAAGUGCAUUUUAAUAAUGUAAAAAAUAUAAAUUGCUCUGUAACCCUAAUCAAAGCUUCCUCUAGGCUGUCUGAUAAAUUUUUAAGCUUAUAGAAGGUAUAGAAACAAACAGAUAUUCAAAAUAAUAUACAAAUCACAGUUUCAAAUGUCAGGACCUGAUUUUCUUCAGUGAGGAGAAAUUCACUGAUAUGUGAUUGACAAUAUUCUCAUAAAGGAUUUGAAUGCAUAAUCUUGUGCUGUCUCAGAAGGUACUUAAUAGUGGGAAAGUGCUGUUUCACAUUACCAAAAUCAUACUGUUUUAAAUUAAAAUAUAAAACUUUUGAGCUGACAGUAUGCCCAGAGUUAUAUGUUAUGUAGAAGAACAAAGACAGUCUAAUUUUGUUCACACCUGUCUAACACAAUAAUUUCUGAAAGGUUCUUCAUUUAUGCUGGUAUAAACUCAACAUUUAGUUUCCUGUCUUUACUGAGAAAGAUAUUGUGGUGUUUAAGAACAUGGCCUGAAUUAAUCUAUCUCACAUUAGGUAAUUUAACUUUUACACCUAUAUAGGGAGCAUUGUCACUCUAGAAUUGAUGGAAAGUGAGUGUUGCCUUCAAAGGUAAAUCAGAUAUUGCUUACAUCUUUGUAAAUCCUCAAAAGUCAAGGGUGGCUCAGCUCAUACUUUAGAUGCCCACCUAAAGGCCUCAAAGGAAGUUGGGUGAAUUUGGUUUUAAACGUGUAUGGUCUUACACCUAAGUAGAUUUCUGUAUCUGAGCAGUUCUAGUGGAUAAAGUGUCCAAACAAAAUUUUAUGAAACAUCCUGCAUAAAAUAAAACUGUUGUUGGUAAAAUAA